AUGCUAGAUAUAGCAGAAGCAUUCAAAUUUAAGCUACUUCAAUCCAGUCCUUACCAUGCUCAGGCUAAUGGACAGGCAGAAUCAAGUAACAAGUUGAUCAUCAAUAUUAUCAGGAAAAUGCUUGAGAAAAAUCCAAAGCACUGGCAUGAGAAAUUGUCAGAAAUCCUAUGGGCAUAUAGGACUUCAAAGAGGGAAGCAACUGACAUGACCCCAUAUGCCCUAACUUAUGGCCAUGAUGCAAUUCUGCCUAUGGAGAUAGCAGUCCAAUCUCUCAGAAUUGCCCAUCAACACAGUUUGAUUGGAGAAGACUACUCUCAAGCCAUGCUGCUAGAACUAGAAGGAUUGGAUGCAAGUAGGAUUGAUACCCUCAACAAUCUGUUAGCAGGAAAACAGGUUGUGUCAAGGGCCUACAACAAGAGAGUGAAAAAUAAGAGUUUUGAAGAAGGAGAAAUAGUCUGGAAAGCAGUUUUGCCCCUUGGAACACAUAUAGCUAGUUAUGGAAAAUGGUCACCUACAUGGGAGGGUCCUUUCAUAAUUAACCAAAUCCUUGGACUGGGGGCAUACAGAUUACAGGGUCGAGAUGGAGAUGUUCACGCUGCAUCAAUCAAUGGCAAGUGGUUGAAAUUUUUUUAUCCAACAGAUCCCGGGAUAGAGAAGGAACAAAAUGAAACUGUCAUUUAA